UAAUUUAUGCUAAGACCCGGCGUCGUGUUACAGAAUCUUCCUAUAUUAAUUUCAUUUUCCUCGUCUCCUCUCUUUUCUUUUCUCAUCCUCACCCUUUUGCCUCUGUCUAUUUACUAUCCAUCACAAUAUAUACACACACAGAUCUCACUGUUUAUGUUCUCAUCUCAAGAUCGUGAUUAACCGAUCAUCAGCAAAGAUGGUGUUGAAUACGCAGGAACUUAAUUUGAAUAUUAAGCCAACUUUUGUGCCCAAGACGAUUGCUGAUUUUAUCGGGGAGGUUUCGACGAUCCGUAACGUAUCGGAGAAGUUGGUGAAAUUGGAUGGUUUUAUCAAGAGAUUGGAAGAUGAAAUGAGAAAGAUUGAUGCUUUUAAACGCGAGCUUCCUAUUAGCAUGCUUCUCAUUAGUGAUGCAAUUGCAGCUUUGAAGGAGGAACUGAUUCAGUGUAGGAGAAGAAAUGUUGAGCCAGUGUUUGAAGAAUUUAUACCUUUGAAGAAGACUUGUGAUGAAGCUGAAAAAGAUGAGAAGACAAGAAUGGAGAAGGAGUGCAAGGAGAAGAAGAAUUGGAUGAGCUCUGUCCAGCUUUGGAACAAUACUGAUGAUGAGAAAAAGCAAGAUACUGAUUCAGAUUCCAACAGGAAACCAAAUUCAGUAGUCGAAAUUGCCAAGAAAUCUAACCCGGAAAAUGAUGCCAAGAUGACAGAUGUCUUUCAGAAAGAUGUCUAUCAGUCUUAUAAGGGUAGGGCAGAAGCAAGUGCAUUUAUGCCGUUUAAGGGAUAUUUGGCUAUUCCAGAAGCUGCAGUUAGGAAGGAGGCAAAGGUAGAAGAUAAGAAUGAAUUUUCAGUUGCUGGGCUUUCACUUGUGACUCCUGGAACUAGUAAACCAAGGCUGGAAUUGGGUUCUAGUGUUUUGAGUUCAAAAUCAAGUAGUAGCAUAGCAGUUUCCUAUUCCAGUCCAAACAUUCAAUCAAAGUUACAGACUAGCUCCUCCCAGACAUCUAGGAAACAGAGACGCUGCUGGUCACCGGAGUUGCAUAGGCGCUUUGUUGGAGCCCUGCAAGAACUUGGAGGUGCACAUGUUGCAACUCCCAAGCAAAUUAGAGAGCUAAUGCAAGUUGAUGGUCUUACAAAUGAUGAGGUGAAGAGUCAUUUGCAAAAAUACAGACUUCAUGACCGUAGAUCCCCUACAAGCAAGUCAGCAGAUUCAGCACUUACUUUGGGAUCAGCCUUAAUGUUCUCUGGAAAUGGUGAAUCCUCAACCAAGCCUCGUUCAAAGUCUACUUCUCCUGAGGGUCCACUACAGCUGACUGAUACCGCUGUAAGGACUUCCACUACAGUUAGUGAUAGCAUGGAAGACGAAGAAGCUGAAAGAUCCAAAAGCUAUAGCUGGAAAAAUGAGCUCAAGACUCCCGGAAAAGUUGCUGUAUAAAAUAUAUCCACCAUACAUUUGCAGAUAAAAUUAUACUCCGGAGAGAUGGACUACAAAAAUAAUACAGAUCAUAAUAUGGUAGAGGUUUAGGGAGGCCGUGAAAUUUUGCAGAAUUAGUUUUCAUUACCACCUGUCGUGACUUUUAGUUUUUUCAAGGUUUUCUGGUAUAAAGAACUUCAGUUGAAGUGUAAUGUGCUGAGAAUGAGAAACAGGAUGAGUUUUUACUCAAACUGAGAGCACUUUGUAUAACUAACUUUGUUGCGGAAAUCUGAGUUUUAAUUGGCUUCAA